CAAUAACCCUUGGACAGUCUGCUCCCUAUCCUGCUUACCAGGAAGUUGACCUUUGCUUUUAUAUGUGAAGGGAGGAGCUGGAGAGUGUAUUCCCAACGUGCCCCUCAGUGCUACUGGUAGCAACUCACAAGUAGUUAGUCUCAAGUGACAGGUGGGUGGGAACUGUGCUGCCUGGAACUAAGCCACCAGUGAUGCAGGGGACUGGAGCCUCUUGGUGCCCUGAAACGAUCAACUGAACAAGGUUCUUUUCUGGCUCAGAGCACUCUGCCUACCAAAGAGGAAAGACAAUAAAGAAUUCUCUCCUUUUUUUUUUUUUUUUUUUUUUAACAGUCUUCCUUUUUAUCACCAUUUUCUCCAUACUAUGGGAAUAUACUCAAAAACGUUUUGAUUUUUCCCACUUAGAGAGAGAACUCACAAAAAAAAAAAAAAUCACCUGGAAGUGAGGUCAGCUUCAAAAACAGUGUCAACAGUGUUUUGACACCAACGUUUGCAACUCAACCUUUACUACCUGGAGGAGUUAGAAUGGCAGUGGUGAAGGAAUCACCAAACCUGUCACUGAGAUCAAGGUCUACCAUGACCACUGAUGGCGACUCGUCCCUGAGCAUGGCCGGACUCCCCUGCAGGCACUUUCUGUCAGCCAAUGUCAUCAAUAUCGUGGAGAAAUGUAUGAGCUCCAUGCAGAUGGGUACCCAGAUGGUGAAGCUUCGUGGCAGCUCCAAGGGACUGGUGCGCUUCUUCUAUCUGGACGAACACAAAUCCUGCAUCCGCUGGAGGCCAUCACGCAAGAAUGAAAAAGCUAAGAUCUCGAUUGAUUCCAUACGGGAAGUCUGUGAGGGUAAACAGUCUGAGAUCUUCCAGCGUUAUGCUGAGGGCAGCUUUGACCCCAACUGUUGCUUCACGUUGUACUACGGAGAGCACAUGGAGUCACUUGAUCUGGUGUCUGGUAUCGGUGAGGAAGCGCGGACUUGGAUCACAGGCCUGAAGUACCUGAUGGCUGGUAUCAGUGACGAGGACAGCCUGGCCAAGAGGCAACGUACUCGAGACCAGUGGCUCAAACAGACCUUCACAGAGGCUGAUAAGAACGGCGAUGGGAGUUUAAGCAUCAGCGAAGUCCUCCAGCUUCUGCAUAAACUCAACGUCAACCUUCCUCGGCAAAAGGUCAAACAGAUGUUUAAGGAGGCCGACACUGAUGACAACCAGGGAACGCUGGGAUUUGAAGAGUUUUGUUCCUUCUACAAAAUGAUGUCGACUCGCCGAGACCUGUACCUCCUCAUGCUCACCUACAGCAACCACAAAGACCACCUUGAUACAGAUGACCUGACCAGGUUCUUAGAAAUUGAGCAGAAGAUGACCAAAGUGAGCAAGGACCAUUGUCUGGAAAUUAUCAACAAAUUUGAGCCGUGUUCAGAGAACCAAAAGCAAGCCGUUUUGGGAAUUGAUGGGUUUACAAAUUACACGCGCAGCCCCGCAGGCGAUAUCUUCAACCCGGAUCACUACAGUGUUAACCAGGACAUGAGCCAGCCGCUGUGCAACUACUUCAUCGCUUCCUCGCACAACACGUACCUGAUGGGAGACCAGCUGAUGUCCCAGUCCAGAGUGGACAUGUAUGCCUGGGUGCUGCAGGCUGGCUGCCGCUGUGUUGAGGUGGACUGCUGGGAUGGUCAGGAUGGCGAGCCAAUUGUUCAUCACGGCUACACUCUUACCUCCAAGAUCCUCUUCAAAGAUGUUAUUGAAACCAUCAACAAAUAUGCCUUUGUCAAGAAUGAUUUCCCGGUCAUCCUGUCCAUAGAGAACCACUGCAGUGUCCCUCAACAAAAAAAGAUGGCUCAGUACCUCAUUGAUAUUCUGGGAGACAAACUCGACGUUUCCAACAUCAAAGCGGAAGUUUCUGGUUGGCUCCCCUCACCGGAGAACCUUAAGGGGAAGAUCCUUGUUAAAGGUAAAAAGUUGCCUCCAAACAUCGAUGAAAACGCAGAGGAGGGUGACGUGUCGGACGAAGACAGUGCAGAUGAGAUGGAGGAUGACUGCAAGCUGAUGAAUGGAGACAUGUCAGCCAACAGGAAACAAGUCGAGAACAUGGCGAAGAAAAAGCUAGACAACCUGAUGAAAGAGUCCAAGAUUCGAGAUAGAGAAGACCCAGACAGUUUUACCAUCGCUGCACUUCCACCUGCUGGGCAGUUAAAUGAAACUGACUCAAAAGUACGUCUGCUGGUGACGGUGACAUCGGACGAGGCUAACACCAGCAGCAAUAAGCGCACUGGCCACUCGUUCAUGGAGAACUUUUCAAAACGGAAGAAAAAAAAUGCAAAGCUGAAGAAGACCUCAAGCUUGGAAGACACAGAUACGGACCAAGAAAGCUCCAGCAGUGCAUCGCGAGCCCCCCUACAUCACAACAAAAAGAAGAAAACCAUGAAGUUAUCCAGAGCUCUGUCUGACCUGGUCAAAUACACAUGCUCUGUGGGCCUCUAUGACGUUGAAGCACAAGUCAACUGCAACUGGCAGGUUUCAUCCUUGAGUGAAACCAAAGCCCAUCAUUUGAUGCAGCAGAAAGCCAGCUCCUUCAACCAUUUUAACCAGCGACAGCUCUCACGCAUCUACCCGUCUUCUUAUCGUGUGGAUUCGUCAAACUUCAACCCUCAGCCCUUUUGGAACGCAGGCUGCCAACUUGUUGCGCUCAACUACCAGUCGGAGGGUCGGGUGCUUCAGCUCAACAGAGCCAAAUUCUACAGCAAUGGCAACUGCGGCUUCAUCCUCAAACCCAAAUGCAUGUGUGAAGGUGCCUUUAAUCCCAAUGUGGAGGAUCCACUGCCGGGUCAAAUGAAGAAACAACUUGUGUUGAAGAUCAUCAGUGGACAACAGCUACCCAAACCCAAAGACUCGAUGCUGGGGGACCGAGGAGAGAUCAUUGACCCCUUUGUGGAAGUGGAAAUCAUUGGCCUUCCAGUGGACUGCUCCAAGGAGCAAACUCGAGUGGUAGAUGAUAACGGUUUCAACCCAAUGUGGGAGGAAACUCUGGUGUUUACAGUCCACAUGCCAGAGCUGACCCUCGUGCGUUUCCUCGUGUGGGACCACGACCCCAUUGGUCAAGACUUCAUUGGCCAGCGUACCAUCGCCUUCAAUAGCAUGAUGCCUGGUUAUCGCCACGUCUACUUAGAAGGUAUGGAGGAGGCUUCCAUCUUUGUUCAUGUAGCUGUACAUGACAUCACCGGUAAGGCCAAAGCAGCCAGCGGCAUAAAAGGCCUCUUUCACAGAAGUCCAAAGCAGGCCUCUCUAGACAGCCAUGCUGCUGCACAGCACAGCCGUAAGCAACCCUUCGGUGCCCACCUCCUGCGGCGCACUGCCAGCGCACCCACCAAAGGUCAGCCCAAAGUCAAGAAGAGCCUCCCCGAGAUCACCAUUAACACCAAAGACUGCAACUCGGAGGGCGCAAACGAGGACCGAGAGUCUGAGGACAAGGCCUCUGCCUCCUCCUCUCACCAGCCAACACCACCACAACUCCGCAACGGCGAGUCGACGUCAUCCCGCCACGCCAACGGACAAUGGGAACACCCCGACACCAAUGGGACUUUUCACGCCGAGGGUAAAGAUUGCUCAACCGCUCCACUUCCAUUUCCUGCAAAAUAUUCCGGGGAUGCUAAGACCAUUCGACCAUAUUCCAUCUGCUCUACCACCAUUCCCGAGGACAUCUUUUCUUCCCAGCAUUCUUCAUCAUUGCUUCCGUUACCCUCCACUCCACAGAAUGCAGAAUCACAUUUGACAGUAAAUUCAAACGGAUUGUCCAACAGUCCAAAUCUAAAAAAUGAACAAAACAUCGAGAUGGAGUGCACCCAAGGUCCCCAAAGAGUCUCAAGUACUCAAUCAUCCUCGGAACGCACCGAAAGCCAGAGAGAACACCUGCAAGCUCUUCCGGACAAGACCAACAAUCAAGUGAAGUCCGAGCCCAUUUUAGAAAUUUCUGCAGCAGCAGCGCAUGUCGAAAUUCCUGCAGCUGUUUCUCAAACAGCCGAGGCCGACGGAGCAGAUAGCAAUGUCUCAUCACACACACUUGUAAGAAGAACAAAAAGCGACAGCCAUGUUCGAGCGAGGGCCCAGUCAGUAACACCACAAGUAUGUACAGAUGCAACUCUGAACGACCGUCUUUGGAGCAAGCUCGAGCCGAGUAGCCCUCGCGGCAGCUUGUCCUCGUCCUCCAGCAUCUCUUCCAGCGACACCGUUAUUGACUCGCCACUAACUGACCUGGCCAGGAAGAGUCCUGCCAAAACAAGCGACCCCCACUGCAACUAUCCAGCGCUCUCCUCCUUCGAUAGCCUGCAAGUCAACAGAAGCAAGUCGAACCCAAAUCUUCCACAGAUUGAGUAUUCCACAUCCCCCCUUCUCCAGCAACGUCCGGUAUCUCCUGUCGACCCGACUAGUAGACUCCCUCAAAGACGGCACACCUGGAGCCGGCUCUUCAUGGAAGGCCUCAAGCAGUCAUCGGCCAGGACCUCAUCGGCCAGGACCUCAUCGGCCAGAACUUCAUCAGCCAGGACUUCAUCGGCCUCUCCAACCGCAUCGCCCGUGUCACUAUCCAAAAGCCUCGGGGAUCUCACGUCGGAUGAUAUUACUUGUAACUUUGACAGCAAGUACCGCAGCAUCAGUCGGAGUUUCAUCGUUAGAUCAACAAGGGACCAUCCUCGAAAGGGCAUCCCGGGAAAAGCUCGACCAAACAGCGACCUGACAGAGCAGCUACGGAAGCUAACUGAUGUGGAGCCCCUAAAGGCGAGCGACUUUGAAACAAGAGCCAGCGAACGCCAAGACGAAUCUGUAGAUGAGCCACAAUCCAUUCGUAGAUCGUCUUCCAGAAGCCAAAGCAGGGUGCGAUACAUCGCCAAUCGAGCCAAGAAGGCCCAGGAAAGGCAAAGGCUCCAAAGUUUCAUUCAAAGCCGCACUGAUAACAUCAACGGAAGUUGCCCCAUUGAGGAGCGGGGCAACCCUGAAGGGGCAUGUUGCAUAGCAAGGAGCCCCUGUGCCAGCCCAAACAUGGUCAGUCUGCCCACGUCUUUCGGCAGACACUUGCCUGCCUCCCCUGAAAACAGUGAGGUCUUUUUAAACUUGGACUUUCGUGACUGGAUUCCUUAAAAUUCACGAGCGUGACACACUCAGAGCGAUCGGAUCGACUUUUAUUUAUUUUAGUUCAGAGAAGCUAGCUUAGUUCAUCAAAUGUGGAUUCAGAAACAUUGUCCUGACAUGAGGAAAUAUAUUUAUCUUCUCAAAGCAAAAUAUUAGAGCCCUGGAAAUCAGCACUAAAUGAUAGAAAUAUUGCAGUUAGUGAAAAUUUACUUUUUUUUUUUUUUUAAAUGGCUCUUUAUGAUCAAAUCUUCUGUUUUAUGUAUUUUAGGAGUUCAAACAUGUUAGCAAUAUGUAAAGUUGAGCUUAUUUCUUCUAAUCUUUAAACCCAGAUAUAUAUACUCUGAUUUUUACAAACACACCGAUGAAAUUCUCAUCUGCAUUCUUUGUAGCCCAUCCAUUAAGCAAUAUCACAAGAGUGAUGGCUUUGUUAUCAUAAUGUGCAGUUUGAUGCUAAACGAUGAGCUAAUGUCUGAGCUGCUGACAAAAAUGAACUCUGUUCAUAACUAUUUGAAAUGCAAGGUCUAAGAUUUCAUUUUUACAACUAGUUUGUGUCGUGCUUUAUCGUAAUGCAAGCAGGCUGCCAAUUUUCAGCUGAUGAUUUUGACUUGUAGCAUGUCACACCACUGAGAGAACUCCUCCUUUUUUAGGCCCCUUUUAGGUGACUGCAUGUGUUAUAUGCACUGUUUUAUUUAACCCACAGUUGGGCUUUAUUUUACUACGAUUUUUUUCUAUAUUGAGAUGUUUAAUGUUCCAAAGUUUUUGUAGGACACUUUAUUGGUGUUCGCUAAGAGAAUCGCAUUGUAAUUUGUCCUUCUCCAUAUGUAGUCCAUGCUACUAAAACAAAGCACGUUUAUUUGUUGGCCUGCUGUAUGGUUUGUACUGACAUGCCAGUUAUUUGUGAAAACAUUUUAGGGACAAGAUUUAAUUUAACAGUAUGUAAUUAAAUUAAUAAAUUCUAAAAAUAUUA